AUGCUGGCUGACAGUACCGCGCAGAGGGUGUUUAACCGCCACUCGGGCGCGUUCCGGAUCGGCCAUCGCUCGUACAUACAGCAGUUUGCCAAGUUCUACUCCGUGCGCCUCGACGCGCUCAAGCCGCUGGUGCUGGCCAGCGCGCAAAAGAAAUGGUCGUCGCGGGCCUCGUGCACAGCCAAAGUCCUGAAC